GUUUCCAGCUUUCUGGUUUGCACUCUGGUGGGUGAGGUUAUCAUGGAGAGAGCUGUGUUUAAAGUCACCUCUUUGCUGCUGCUGCUGGCUUUGGUUACCACUCUGCCAACCAAGGAGGACUGGGACAUCCGCAGCUUUCACAUCAACUCCACAGUGACCAGUCGUUAUGCCACCACUGUCAUUACAAGCCGUGUGGCCAAUCGCAUGGAGGAGUCCAAGGAAAUAGAGUUCCACGUGCGGAUUCCCAAGGAUGCGUUCAUCAGUAAAUUCAACAUGUUUAUUGAUGGGCAGCUGUACGAUGGUGCUGUGAAAGCAAAGGAGCAAGCUCAGCAAGAGUACACUCAGGCUGUGUCCCGUGGCCAGAGCGCUGGGAUUGUCAGUUCUGUUGGGAGGACCCUGGAGGAAUUUAAGACUUCUGUGACUGUGGCUCCUCACAAAAAGGUGACCUUUGAACUCACAUACGAGGAGCUGCUGAAACGUCGGAUCGGCCAGUACAAGCUGCAAAUCCACGCUCGCCCCAUGCAGCCUGUUAAAGACUUCAAGGUUGAUGUGCAUAUUCACGAGAAAGCCGGCAUCAGUUUCAUUAAAGUUCAAGGAGGACUGAGCACCAAGGACCUGGCUCAUGCCAUCACCAAAACACAUGCAGAUGAAGAGGCGUGGGUACAUUUCUACCCCACUGAGGACCAACAGAAAACAUGUGACAGCUGUGGAGAGCAGGGUAUGAAUGGAGAUCUGGUUGUUGUGUAUGAUGUGAACAGAAACGCCUCGUUUGGAGACAUUAAGAAAAGUUCGGAUGGGUACUUUGUUCAUCACUUCGCUCCAUCUAAUCUUACCCGAAUAUCCAAGAACGUCGUCUUCAUUAUUGAUCAAAGUGGUUCCAUGCAUGGCAGAAAAAUUGAACAGACGAGAUCAGCAUUACUCCAAAUCUUAAGUGACCUGGCAGGAGACGACUACUUUGGUCUCAUCACCUUUGACAGCGAAAUCUUUCACUGGAAACGAGAACUUGUUCAGGCCAGUCAGGAAAACCUGGGUAGUGCCAAGGCAUUUGUAAAGCGUAUAAACGAUAGAGGAGCCACGGACAUUAACCUGGCAGUGUUGGAAGGAGCCCGUAUGCUGAAUGCACAUCCCAGAGAAGGUUCAGCAUCGAUCCUGAUACUUCUCACUGACGGAGACCCAACUUCAGGUGUGACAGAUCUGGGAAGAAUAAAGUCAAAUGUAAAGGAGGCCAUUGCAGGCAAAUUCCCACUCUACUGUCUUGGUUUUGGUUAUGAUGUCAACUUUGAGUUCCUGAAGACGAUGUCGCUGCAGAACGAUGGUGUGGCGAGGCGGAUCUAUGACGACUCUGAUGCUGAUAUACAGCUGAGGGGUUUCUAUGUAGAGGUGGCCACUCCUCUGCUGACAGAUGUGACAAUGAUAUAUUUGGGUGGGACCAAUUUAACCCAGACAAACUUCAGCCAGUAUUAUGAUGGCUCUGAGAUCGUGGUGGCCGGUCAGAUCACUAACAACAACGUUGAAACCUUUAUUCCACAAGUUGUGGCCAUCUCUCGGAAUAGCAAGCUGACAUUUUCGGAAACAAACAUCGCUGACAUAGUGUCUGACGACCACAUCCAGAGGGUUUGGGCCUACCUCACAGUCAAACAGCUUCUGGAGAAAGAGCUGCAGUUGUCUGGACCGGAGAAGGACAAGGUGAAGGAGGAGGCCUUGGAGCUGUCGCUGAAGUACAGCUUUGUGACCCCACUUACAUCCAUGGUGGUGACCAAGCCUCAGGGAGAGAGCACAGAUGUGCUCCAUAAACCAAAGGAAGGUGGGACAGACACAAACCCGCAGAGGGGUUCUGGAAGUGUUUCUGCAGGACGUUAUGGAGGAGGAGGUUAUGGAGGAGCCUCUUACGCAGGUUAUGGAGCAAGAGGUUCUCAUAGGGGUCACAUUCCAGCACACCAUCGUCCUAUGCACCCUGGAGCAGCUGGUCAUAUCAACCAACACGGACAACAUCAUCCUAUGCAUUUUGAAAGAGCUGAUUCUCUCCGCAUGGAUUACGAAGAAGCUUACGAUAUGGCAGAUGAUGAUUUGUCUACAGUCGAGUUGUCAGCUACAAUUGUGACAGCUACUGCCACUACUACUACUGCUACUGCUCCUCUUUCUCACAGGUUUUUGCUGGAAGCUGAAAAUCAGUCUAUUCCACUGUGCUUUGACAUCACUGGAAAUGUACGACUUAAACUACUUCACAGUCCCAGCAGGGAGCUGUCUGUGAAUGGUGAGCUGGACUCAGUUGCAGGUGGGGGCUUCACAAAGAUCGUCAUCCAUAUCAAACCUGACCUGUACAUUGACAUUGACGUCAAUGAAAUCAUUGUACGAGAUGGACAGACACUGACACGCCACACUGGAGAGGAGCAAAUCACAGCUGGAAGUGUGACGGUGAUUAAACGGAACAAGGAAGUGGAUGUCGCUACUGGGGACAUACGAAUUGUCAUCUUACUUCAUGAGAGACACGGUGAAAAAUUCCUGUGGCCGGUUUUAAGGCAACAUCCACCUGACAACAACGCUGAAGGAAUUUUAGCUCUAAAACCUGCGGUUUAUGAGGACCUGCAGCAAACUCCCUCUUCCAGGCUUAUGAUCAAUGGGCAGGAGGUCGAUGUGGGCAGAUCCGAUGCUGUUGACUACAGUAUUGCCCGUCCCCCUAAACGGGGUUGCUGGCUUGUCUCUGCUGAUGCUGCCCUGCAGAGACCCCUGGAUGACUUCAUCAUAGAACAGCUUUAAGUGAGAGUGACACUGUAUCUCUUGAGAAGAUCAUCCACCUGUGAUACUCAACAUAAAUAAAUAAAUGGUGUCCCAGA